AUGGCGGUGAUCCCAAAGGCGGGCGAGGUCUUUCACGGCGAUGACGGGAGCGUCUCGGUUGUGCUCCCCGACCCCUGCGACCCGAACAGCGUGCCCACGCAGGAGGAGGUCGAGGAGUACGCGGAGUGGCUCGGGAUUGAUGUGGAGAGGGAGCCGGGCCUGCUGUGGAUCGCGCGGGAGGGGCUGCGGAGGCCGCUGCCGGCAGAGUGGAAGGCGUGCCGCACAGGCGAGGGCGAGGUGUACUACUUCAACUUUUUAACCGGCGACAGCAAGUGGGAGCACCCCACCGAUGAGGCCUUCAAGGAGAAGGUGGUGGAGGAGCGGGCGAAGCUGAUGGCCGGCGAGGCCGGGCACGGCAAGGCAAAGAAGCGGAACAAAGCCUCCUCCGCCGGCGCAGGACGGGGUGAGGAGGGUCUCGAGGGACGGCGCCUCGAGAAGGGAGCGGCGGGCCACUUUGAGACCCCAAAGAGGUUUAUGAAGGGGUCAAAAGGGUCGGCCGCCACGACGCCGAUGACAUCGCCGUACGCGUCGCCCACAAGCACAGGGCUGACGGCCUCUGCAAUGCGCUUUGGGCGGCUGGGGGCGUUGGGAACUCCGGCGGCGACGCAGCGCGUCACCCCGGACGUGAGCGGGUUGCUGAUGCCGAGCAACGCCGGUGACCGCGCCCUCACCCGGUUUGGGUUUGGUGGCACCAACACGAGCACGAGCGGCCUCGGCUUGGCGGCCGCUGGCCUCGGCGGCGGUGUCGCCGCAGGGAAGUUGUCGCUGCCGAAAACCCACGAUGGUGUGAAGGAGAUGGAGGCGCAAAUCUGCCGGCGCAUCGACGACGACAUUGAGGCCCGCCGGCGCGACAUGCGAAUACGCCACGAGAAGCAAAUCAUGGAGGAGAGUGCGGCGCUGGAGAAGGCGUUGCAGGACGCGAAGGACGCCGGCGAGUGCGCGGUGGCGGCGGCGCGGGAGCGACAGGCCAAGGAAUUGGAGCAGCGCGCCCAGGCGGAGCUGAUGUCUCUGCAGCGGACGCUGGAGCAGCAGCAGGCGGAGGCGAACGUGCGCGUGGCGUCGCUGCGGCAAAAACUGGAGCUGGAGCGGGCGUCGCUGGCGGCUGCCUUGCAGGAGCGCCUGAAGGAGGUGCGGAGCGAGACGCAGCUCCGUCGCAGCGAAAGUGCCCGAAAGCAGCGUGAGGCGGCGGCGGCGACGCUGGCAAAGGAGAAGGCGAGGCUCGCAGAGGACCUCGCGCGGCAGUUGGAGGAGGAGGCAGCCACGUUGGAGCGUGACAGGAAAAAAAAUCUGGAGGCGUUUGAAGAGGGCCUUGCGGCGGAGCGGGCCAAGUUAGUGCAGGAGCUCGGCGACAGCGAGGAGGAGCAGGGCGGGGCGGCAGAGGCCGAGGCGCAGCUGGCGUACGAGGCGGCACUGCAGAAGGCCACAAGUGCCGCCGCGGGCGCCAUGGAGGACUUGCGUCGCGAGUACCGCGCCAAGGAGGAGGAGCUGCAGUCCGAAAAGCAAAAGAAGCUUCAGGAGAAGGAGGCAUCCGCCGCGGCGGUGGCGGCGGAGGCGGCCCAGCUUCAGCGGGCGGUGGAGCGGAAGCUCGCCGAGUACGCGGCGGAGACCCAGCGGCUGGUGGCGGCGAGGCAGGCGGAGGUGAGCGAGACGAGGCCCGCCGGAGCCGGAGUGGAGAGUAGAGGGCAGAGCAGCGGCCGCGGCAACAGCAGCAACAACAACAACGAUGCCGCCAAACCGGGACUCUCAGGGGCGACGGUUGCGCAGGAACAACGGCGGUUUGACUUUGCCUCACGGAGUCUAGAGACGAAGCACGCGCAGUCAAUGGAUCGGAUUCGCCGCGAGCACGAACGGACCCUGCAGGAGAAGAAACUCUUCAACCCACGCCAAUCGCCUGGCUACGCGGAAAGGCUACGAGAGGAGCAGAAACUGUGGCUGAGGGCAAACCCGCCGCCGGCUCUGACGAUGCCGCAGCUGGAGCCCGUGCCAACCCUCUCUGGGAUGAUGAAUGCCUCCCCGGUUCCGAUGCCGAGCGAGGCGGAGCAGCAGAGGCGGAUUGACAUCGCCGUCACGGACGCAAAGGAGCGGAGGGCGGCUGAAGAUGAGAAUAGACUGGCGGAGGUGGAGUUGGCGCUGGCACGCGAGAUGAAAGAGGCCGUGGCCGCGCAUCGUGAGAGGCGGCUGCAGGAGGUUGAGGCAGAGCUCACACGCUAUCAGGAGAGGCAGGCUGAGGAGUGUCGGCAACGACUGGAUCGAACGGCCGCCGCCAUCGCGGAGGAGGCAAAGGCGCCACCUCUGGCCUCUCAGCCGGAAGGAAACAAUGAGAAGCCUCCGCUAGUGCGGUUGAAUGAAGUGAGUGAGGAGGAGGCGCAAAGGCGUGAAGGAGAACUGCGGCAGCGCUGGCAAGGGCGCAUUGCGACACUCGAAGAGACGACGCGGCGCGCGUGUGCCGACUUGCGGCAGCGUCAGGAGGAGGCUCAGCAACAGGCUCGAACUCCAGCUGCUGCGACGCCCGCCAAUACCGCCAAUACGGCCGUUACUGCCAAUGCCACGAGUACGGCUGUUGCGUUUCAACGACCACCGACGGUGCCCAUAGACGCGUUCUUGCCCGGACGUCAGGAGCAGCAACUCACCCCGCGUCCUUCGCAGCAGCAGCAGCAAAUCCACAGUUCCACGACACCUCUGAUGAACUGCACCUUAUCGACUAUAGCUCCUGCCAACAGUCUUUGGAGCAGUGCACGACCGAGUCCGACGAAGCAGCAUCCUUGGCUUACUGCGGGUAAUGCAACCCCGUCCGCCUACUGGCCGGAGAGCCAGGCAGCGCUGGGGCGAGACGGCAGCUGUGAAAAGGCCUCGCCCACGGUGCCUUCGAAGCAAAAUUUAGUUUUGGAAGAUCGCCUGUAUCGUGCGAGUUUAUUGCUGAGGGAGAGGAAGGAAAAAUUGCGUGCGCAGCAGGCACGCAUGGAGCGGGCCCGUGAGGCAUGGCGGCGGGACAUGGCCGAGUGCCGUAGUCGGCGGGACCGCAACCACGCUUCGUUCUUGCGGGAGGUCAAGGUGGCGCUUGAGGAGAAGGCUAGACAGCUCAACCGCGAGGUGGUGGAUCUUAAGCAGACCACCGCCUGGCUACGCAAGCGCAUGGCGCAGUACAAGGAAACGCUAAGCCCCCAACUUGCGCUUCGCGCCCCCGCUGCCGAUGCGAGUGAGGCGGACAACACUGCGGUUGCCGGCUCAAGUCGUAUUAUUUCUCUGCUGGAGGGCAUUCUUGCGCACACAGAGCUGCUGGAGUCUUAUGUGGCAGCAACGAAGCAGCCGGGCACGAGGUCUCCGAGUCACACGCGACGUCGUUCAGCUUCACCAGAGCAGCGUCACGGUGACCACCACGAGGAACCGACGCCGUCGUGGAAAAAUGCCACCACCUCCGGCGUCACGCGGUGGCUUGUGGAGCAGCAACUGCCCUCAUCAACAGUGGGGCAGCGCCACACUGGCCUAGAUUUCUGUUGA